GAUGACCUCAGUGCAACAUAAACAACAGCGUUUAGUGUCGAGGCUAGGGGGCUGCUUAGUUUGUAACCGCCGACACUAAAACAUGGCAAAGAAAGCGGAGGUUUCCGGGAAUUAAUGGGUGUAAUUAUGUAAAACGAACAUAUUUGUUUGCUCCAUCCUUAGAUCUUGAUCUGUGUCCGCCAUGUCGUCGCGCGUGUUGCUGCGCCAGCAGCUGAUGCGAGAGCAAGCCCAGGAGCAGGAGCGGCGCGAGGCCCAGCAGCAGGCCUCCGCCUCCCAGCUCAGAGGCUCCGACUCCACGCCAGCCAUCUCCGUCUCCCUGCCGCCCAACGCCGCUCGGCCCCCACCAGCGCAGGUGCCUGUGGAGGUGCUAAAAGUGCAGACCCACUUGGAGAACCCAACCAAGUACCACAUCCAGCAGGCCCAGAGGCAGCAGGUGAAGCAGUACCUCUCCACCACUUUGGGGAACAAGGCGGUCACGCAGUCGCUCGGCGUGUCCCCUGUCCACCAGUCCAGUUCGGCCCCCGAAGUCGGCCCCUGCGCCAGCAGCGCCCCCAACAGCCCCAUGGCUCUGCUGAACAUCGGCUCGAACAAGGAGGAAAUCGAUGAUGUGAUCGACGACAUCAUCAGUCUCGAAUCCAGCUUUAACGACGACAUCAUCACCUUGAUCGACUCAGGUCUUCAGCUGCCCAGCACGCUCCCGGGAAAUCUGCUGGAUGUUUACCACAGCCCUGGAAUGGCAGCUCCUACUCUCACUGUCAGCAACUCCUGCCCUGCUGACCUUCCACAGAUCAAAAGGGAAAUUACCGACGCAGACGCCAAAGCAUUAUUGAAGGAAAGGCAGAAGAAAGACAACCACAACCUCAUCGAGCGGAGGCGACGAUUCAACAUAAACGACCGAAUAAAGGAGCUGGGUGCUUUGAUCCCCAAGUCGAGUGACCCGCCUGACAGGGAGAUGCGUUGGAAUAAAGGCACCAUCCUGAAGGCCUCUGUGGACUACAUCAGGAAGCUGCAGAAGGAGCAGCAGAGAGCCAAGGAUGUCGAAAUGCGUCAGAAGAAGCUGGAGCAGGCCAACCACAUUCUAAUGUUACGCAUCCAGGAACUUGAAAUGCAGGCACGAAUCCACGGACUGCCAGCCGCCCAGCAGCAGCAGCAGCAGGCGGCGGUGGCGGUGCCCCACGCCGGCCAGAACCCCGGCGCCGCCACCACCCUGAACCUCUCGGCUCUGGGCGCCAUAGCGCAGCCGCUGCCGGCCUCCUUUCUCUCCCCGCCCUCCUCUGACUCCCCCGCCGGCGUCACCAUCAGUAGCCCGCUGGACCUCGGCAGCCUGAGCUUCGCCGAGCUGGACGACCCCACCACCUCGGCGCUCUACCCGGACGUGGGCCUGGGGGACAUUCUCAUGGACGAUGGGUGCGCCCUGUCCCCGGAGAGGAUGGGCGAGCCGCUGUUCUCCCCACUGUCACCAGGUGCCUCUAAAACCAGCAGCCGCAGGAGCAGCCUUGAAAUGGACGAGGACUUGUGAUGGGUUUCCAUAGCGAUCAGAGAUGAUCUAGGAAGUGCAGUCUAUCCCUAAUAACUAAAGUCUAUUUGUAGGACUGAAAAGAAAAACGUUCAAAGCUAUCAUAGAAAACUAACUUAAUAUUGAAUCAGAUGAUUAAUUAUUGAAUUUAUUUUUGUUUUUGCCAUACAUAUUGUUCUUAUUGGGAACAGCUCAAAUGAUUGUUUAAGUUUAUAAAUGCAAUCUUAUUAAAUGGAAUAUU